AUGAAGCCGGCCGCGGACGCCGAGAAUUUUCAGCGGGCCAGCUACAAGCUCGCAAUGAAGCCAGAGGACAUAAUCGAUUUCAUGCGCGAAAUCAUGCCUCAUCUGCCCCUUUACGUCUUCAAGAAGGAUGGACAAGUGCUGGAUGCUACCCACAGCAUCGAUUUCCAUGGCAAAGAUCUUCCUUUGUGCCACAAGAAGGCUUCCAAAGACCCGGAUGGAGCGGUCCUCUUGCAGCUGCACUGGUACGAUGUUGAUGACCCAGACGCGUUCUGCGCCGAAACCAAGGUGAGACAAACAUCAUCCAUCGCGGUUGUUGGCGGACCUUUGCCCCAAUGUAAUGCACUGUUCACUUUCAUGCAGAACCCGGGCAGCCGGUGUGCCUCGCCCCAACGCAACCCAGUUUCGAUCGACUUCCUAACAUGCUCCCCUGCACUGACAUGCCUUACUGCAACGAAAUGUCAACUUUCCAUGUUGCGUAAUGGCCCUGCAUACCCUUACCAUCCACCCAUUUGUUUGUGGGUCUCCCCACAACCACAUCAAGCCUGUGCACCCUAA